UAAAAACUAAGAUGGCGCUGUGCUUGAGCAACAUGUCGGAGCUCACAGCAUCAAUCAAUGAAAUAAUCAAAGAAGAAUUCAGUGUAAAAGAUUUACGAGUUUUGACAUCUCUUACAACGGCUCUGCGUGAACAGGAAUACAGGGACAGCAUUCCCGAGGACGUGUUGGCGAGUCUGAUGCCGGUGUUGAACCGGUUAGCAGACGAGAUAGAGGCGGGGGCAGGUAGCGGAGAGGCCGGGGCGGGGGCAGGGGGGAGGCAGGCAGGGCCUUUGUCUCUCCAGAUGAUGGCUGAGUGCUUUAGGGCCCAGAGGAACGCCUGCAUACAGAACACACACAACCAGAACCGACUCAGAGAGCUGGGCUGUUUGGAGCUGUGUGUUCGGGUUGUGGGAGGGCUGUCUCAGCUGAACCUGUACUCCACCCAGGCUGCUUCAGAAGCAGCUCUGCGUUGUGGGCUCCAGUUCCUGGGGAACGUUGCCGUGGGUAACCAGCUCUGCAAGGACCACAUCUGGAACCUCUGCUUUCCUGAUAAGAUGCUAGCCCUGCUCAGUGUAACAGACAGCAAGGCGGUGGGAUAUGCAUCCAUGGUUCUGCACUGCUGUCUGGACCAGGAUAAGCUGCAGCUGAUGGCCCAGCAGCAAGGGGGCCUGGCCCUGGCUCGCAGGGUCAUUGAGCUCUGCCGGACACAUCCAGACCUGGACUGGACAAUUCUGAUUGCUACCCAGCAUUUCCUGAAGUCGCCUGUUGUGGUUGAGAGUAUUUACGCCUGCAUGGAGCCCCUGGAACGGGUGACGUUGCUGCAGCUGGUUUCAGCCCAGCUAGGGGAUGACUGCGUCAUCACGCCCGGUGUUGCUCGUUUCCUCGCCACUCACUUCCAGGAGGAUGGUGCUGCGGUGCUCUCCCUCGCCACGGCCUCUGCUGACCCCCAGGAGGCGCUAGUGGUCAUCAGCUUGCUGGAUGUGCUGUGUGAGAUGACCUCCGACCACAAGGAGUUCAUGUUCCUCCAGGACCAGCCAGGCCUCCUCAAGUCCACUGUUGAGCUUUUACACAGGGUGCAUCAGCUGGGAAAGACAAGUCACAACGUCUUCACCCCCACCCAGGACUUCUCCUCCUCUUCCUCCUCCUCCUCUUCUCCCUCCAUCAGUUUCAAGGCCCAUCUCGUCCGCUUCAUAGGGAACCUGAGUCACCACCACACACACAACCAGAACCUGGUCCGGGACCUGGAAGGAAUACCUUUGAUCCUGGACAACUGCAGCAUCGACAGCAAAAACCCCUUUAUCAGCCAAUGGGUUUUGUUCACACUCCGGAACCUUCUGGAACAGAACCCAGAGAACCAGGAAGUGGUCGCAGCACUGGAGAAGCGUGGCCCGGCUGAUGACUCCGCCCUCCUUAACCUAGGCUUCCGAUUGGAGGAAAGGGAUGGGAGCCUUCUGCUCAAACCUGUCAACAAGGAUAAAGGAAAUGAUUAAGUGUGUGUGUGAGAGAUGAGCAAGAAAUUCAUGAGUAAAGACAAUGGUAUUGUGUAAUGUACAUGAUUUAUGUUUAAAUGUCCCCCCCCCAGCUCUAGCACAAUGUUUCCCUCUGUAGAUUACAAAGUACACUGAUGAACAACAUAUUUCAAUUAAAUUAAGGUACCAUUUAA